AUGCUGGCAUUAAAUACGAAAAGGACCAUGGCAUUUGCGAGCCGUAUUAAAAGGUUGGAUCCAUUUAUUAAGCAAACCAUAGAUACCUUAAAACCAGACGUUAUAGUCGUGGACCACGUGUUAUGCAUACCGGCGGUGGAGGUGUCGGGUAUACCCUGGGUGUUGACCUGUAGCUGUAAUCCGUUGUUUUUAAUUGAAAGUAAUUGUGAAGAACUUACUCCACCAAAAGGGUCAGCGAAACCCCUACCAAAAUACCUGUACUUCAAUCCCUCGCCGUAUCUCAACAUUUAUCCCUUUCCUAAGGAACUGGACUAUACGGACGUCAGACCUCUACCUCCAAACACCUAUCAAUUUGACAACUUUAUGCACAUUAAAAAUAACAUCCCGUUUGAGAUACCUGUGCCACUGAGGGAUAAACCCGGAAAACUGGUAUACCUUUCCUUGGGAUCUAUGGGCGCGGUUGACGUGAAGAAUAUGAAGAGAUUAGUGACUAUUUUAUCGAAAUCUAAGCACAGAUUCAUUGUAUCGAAAGGACCUCUUCAUGAGGAGUACGACCUACCAGUGAAUAUGUGGGGCGCGGCUACCGUUCCCCAACUGCAAGUCCUACCAGUAGUUGAUUUGGUGAUAACCCAUGGAGGGAACAACACUAUUGUUGAGACCAUGUAUUUCGGGAAACCAAUGAUAGUCUUACCCCUAUUUGGCGAUCAAUACGAUAACGCCGAGAGAGUUGAGUGCAAGAGGUUUGGGAAAAGACUCGAUGCCUACCAGUGCUCGGAGUCUGAGUUAUUGACAGCUAUUGAUAGUCUAUUAAACGAUAAGGAACUGGAGGAAAGGCUGAGAAAAAUAUCGCAUAGAAUUCAAUCGGAUAAUAGUUCAGCGAAUUUACCAGGGUUGCUUGAAAAUUUGCUUGCUGAUAAGUAA